AUGCUUUCAGCUCACAUAUCGAAAUUGUCUACAGUAGUUGCAACGACGCUCUUUUACUUUCUUCAAACAAGCAGAAAAGACGCCAUUCCUCCGGGGACAUUAAAGAAAGUUAUCGAGCAAGCACACGGUGAGAAAAAAAAAAUUUAUUUUCAUUAACGAGCAAGUCUCAAUCUAGUUCUACGCAUUAUAGUGAGGCGUACCAAUGUAAGCGAUUACAGGUGAAAAAAUAGAGAACGGCGUGGAAAUUAAAGCGGGGCAUUCGUUUUAAGGGUUCAACUUACGUCCGUAUAUGUGCAGUUUCACUUCUAAGUGGUAUGUGUAUGACUUCUACUCUGAGCAAGCAAGAAAGGAUUAAUUAUACUCUCUUGGACCAAGCCAUCAUCGGAGUUAAGACCACGUAAGCCUAAAACCGUCCGGAAUUAGUUUCCACGGCGCAAAUAUAGUUAGCAUGCUUAUUGCGUGACAAAUUAGAUUUGAUGCACCAGCGUGGGAAACUGAAGGCCAGGAAAAAAGCUAUGCCAAUAUUUGCGCAUAGAGUGACAGCUUGUAGAUAAUUUGCUUGAUAUGUAAAAUGAAAAUCUUUCAGGUUAUACUCGAUGAACUGAAACGAAAAUCAGGAUAGUUUCAUUACUCAUCAUGAAUGGUCACGUACACUGCGCGCCGUGAGCCUUUCGAAAGUAAGUCAGUCCCGGAAGUCAGUAAACCACACGUCCCAAAAGUCAACAAACCAUAGCAGUUUCGAAAUGUUGACACUGGUCUCAGGUGUUUCUUAAUAUCUUCUUCAAACAAAAAGAACCUAAAUUUGUUUCGAGUGUAAUUCGUCAUGGCAUCUUGCUGCUUUUUGUCGUUAUUUAAGCUAACAUCGCCAUGCGGAUCAAGCUCAAAAAAUCUAGAAGAUUUGCAGGGUGUUUCUCUUAACGAAUAUAAUAAGGAGGUUUACUCAAAUAAAAUCGGACCGGAUGAAGCAAUUUGUGACGAAAUGGCGUUGUUGCUAGCAAGAGCAGGCACAGUUUCUCGUUUAAAUGAUUGAACACUUUCUUGUAGUUUUAUUUUGUACUAAAAUAAAUUCUGAUUGGUUUAUGGGACUUAAAUUUUAGGAAUAUGUACAGCUGAAAGUUCCCAUUUGUCAUCUACUGUAUGUUCUCACCAUCGAGAAAAGUACGGCCUUCGCUUGAGAAGUGGAAAGGUGAGAUGCUCUGUUCCAGGUAAAGUGGCAGGACAUAAAUCUUCAACGGUGAAGGGAGAUCGCAGUAUGAAGAGUAAAGAAUCUUCUUUUAUUGCGAUACAGUGGGGGAGCUUUAUCCUAUUGGAACCCGUAAGUAAUUUAAAAUUUGCUGAAGUUAGUGCCGUUACACGUUCAGUUAAAUGCGAUCGGUUACUUCUAUGAGCGUUUCAUGCAUUGAAACGCAACCACAUGUUUCCAAGGAGACGAGUCAUUGCAACGGAGUGAGCGCACAUACAAGUUCGAUAAUAGAUCCCAAGCAGUCCUUCAUUUCUCUCAGAUCGAGCAAGUGGGUGGAAAUCAGCUCUCGCGAGAACACGCGUGUUCUCACGGGGCUGAUUUCCACGCGCGUGAAGCGUGCUCGCCCGCUGAAUCUGAGAAAAAGUGAGGGAGUGCUCGUAGUUUACUCUUACAAUUAUUGUUUAUUAUAAUUGUCAGAAGCUUACCUUUAUCCCACAUGGGUAAUAGGGCGGGCGUUAUCUAGUUAUAGUAUGAAGAACAUAUAGCGAAAAACAUAUAGCAAACAAACAAACAGAAAAUUGCUUGAGUCAUGCUACACAUGUUACGUACCCUUAGUAUCUCUGUUGUCUCUUAAAAACUUUGAUAAUUUAGAAGCUAAAUUCGUUCAACCAAUUAAUCAAUUGGAAUUGCGCAAUAUUAAUUUCAUUGAGUUUUCUUGCCUUUAGCAAUUUGUAAGCGAUGCAGGGACCAUUUGCAAGAACUAGUUUUAAAACACGCUCCACCAAUUAGCCAAGCAAGCAUCUCCCCAGACGUCUCCGCUUCAUACCAACUGCCUCAAGAGGAAGAAACAUCUCAAGAUAAAGAGAGUUCAGAAAGCAGUGAACAUGAAGCAAUGCAGAUACGUUUCGUUAAAGGGAAAGCCGGAAAAAUGUUAGUAAUAAAGUUUAACUUUUAUAUCUCCAUCAUUGCGUUCGGUGAGUGAUAAGGUGAUUGCUUCUUUCUUCACGGUGUGUGUUUAUAAGUACCUAGGAAUUGUGUAGAAGCCAGCAAAAAAUUAUUGCAGUGCUCUCUUGCGCGCUAUUGUGUAUUUUAAAUGUGAACUUAGCGCCGAUAGCGUACAAGACCCAGUAGUGAAUGGGGUGGGGGGAGGCGUUUUUAUUUUUUUUGGUGUGUAAACCCAAAAAUAUUUUGCCGGCAUUCCUUUCUUUUGCGAAAAAAUUGUAUUUUACCAAAAAUAAGGAGGGGGGGCCUCCCCUAGAUCUGCCACUGAGACAGGCCACUAUACUCUUAACUACCGGUCAUAAAGUACAAUCAUUUAUUGUGCAGCUUGCAUGGAUAAGAUACAACUGAUAAUCGAAAUUGACUUACCACCUUUGACGAUGGACAAACAACACCGCUUCUAAAAUUACGUAUGUUAGACCUACAGGUUUUUCGAUACGUGUCUAUAUAGCACAAAGCGUUUUUAGUUUGGAAUACUUAGCGGGUCACGGACGCUAUGUAACUUGGCAUUACGCGCAUCCUGCAAGUUAUCACAUUUUCUCUUUUAAUUUCUCAAAGGAGAGUGAAAAAUGUACAGCAUCAGAAGAAUUAGCCGGGAGAAUGGAAUGUCUUCAGAUUGAAGAUCGAAGUUUCGUCCAAUCACUAGAGACAACGAGCACCACAUUUUCUUCUGUGGAAAAUGUAAUGUCUGAUUUUGAGCUUCAACGUUCAAAACUGAAUGCUUUUCUUGAGGAGUGCCAAAUCCAAGCACUUGGAAGCCCUGGCUAG